AUGCUCAACCGCUCCACGCCACGCCGGUUUACGGCCGCCAUCGAAAAUUCUUUAUCGCGCCGACAGCCCACGAUCGGCUGCUUCGCUCCCCCGGGUCUGAUGAUCUACAUCCUCCUAUCAUCAAGCGUCCUGUCCUUUGGCCUCGUCCCUGCGAUUACGAGAUCGAGCCGGCUCAGACGACUGCGCCCUGUGUGCGACGUUUAUGCAUCGGUCAGCGAUCGCGAGGUUGCCGAGUUGCUGUGCGAUGCAUCCGCCGACGAUUGCGACGUGGCCGAGUUGGAGCAACGGCCGAUGAGGCUGCCGCCUCCGCGCACUCCUACCCGCGCGGGCUACGUGGCGGACCCUUCCCUCGUGAGCUGGGCUCCCUUUACAUACGCGGAGCCGUAUGUGCGGCGGUCUGCUGCACGCGAUUACGCAAGAACCACCCUCUCGAAGCUGCCACCGCUGCCGCCCCUCCGGGUUGUACUCAUGGGUGGCGUAGCGGCCGGCAAAGGAACCAUCGCGCCGAUGCUCUCGCAGGCCUUUCGGGCAUCGCAUGUCAUGGCUGCUGGCGUGCUCCUCCCCGACGAGCUGGCGGAGGCGUUGGUCGGCGGUAGCUGGGCCGAGCUGCGGCCGGACGCGGUCGUGUUGGUGGAGCGGCCAGACGAGCUGGCGCGAGAAUUUGCGCUCGGCCGCUGCUGCGAUUCGGCGACGGGGCAGACGUACCACCCAGUCUACGCGCCCGCGCCCGCCGAGAUCUGCGAGCGGCUCGUGUGGCGCGUCGACGACACGAGCGACGCGCUCAACCGGCGCCUCUCGGACCACAAGCGGUCAGUCGAGGCGAUCGUGGGCGUUUUCGAGAGCGCGGGCAUACCGCUGCGCCGCUUCGACAACGCGCGCAGCGAGCUCGAGACGUUCGGCGAAGUUGCGGACUUCCUCCGGAGUGUGGCCAUGGGGAAGCUCGAGGCUGCGCGCAGCGAUUUGGCGGGCGGGAGGGGGAGGAAGAUGAGCUUGGAUGAGGUGGGGGCCGCGAUGCAGCCUUCGCCGGCGGACCCGGCCGACGUGGCGCCCUACUGCUUCCUCGACGAGGACGAGGAGGAGUGCCUCUCUCGCUUCCAGCGCGAGCGGCGGCGCAGCGCGCCCGACGACGUCGACGCAUUUUGCGGCGCCGGCGAGUCAGAGGGCGAGUGCGUCAUCCGGUACAAGGAGGAGGCGGGGCGUGGGGAGCUCUUGGCGGCGGUGCAGCGGUGCAACUCGUACGCGCUUCGCGAGUUCACGCCGCUGCUGGUCGGCGACGAGCAGGUCGGCUGGCUCAACCCGACAGUUCUCGAGGAGCGGUCGGAGUUUGCGGCCGCGCUUGAGCUAGUGGAGGACGGCGUCAUCCCGCGCUCCAAGCUGCGGCACGAGCUGCAGGACGUGCACCCCUUCUCGGCCGGAUUCGUCGCCGCGGGCGGCGGCGUGGCGCCGGUGCUCCGCAUGGAGCGCGCCUCGAUGAUCUAUUUUGGAGUGCCGUCCUACGGUGUGCACGUGAAUGGGUGGGCGACCUACCCCGGGCUGCUCGACCAGAUGGUCGCCGGCGGCCAGCCCACGGCCCUCACGUUCGACGAGAACGUGCGCAAGGAGUGCGAGGAGGAGGCGAGUCUACCGCCGGAGGUGAUCGCCGCCAUCGAGCCGGCCGGGUCAGUGUCGUAUCGGUAUGCGACGCCCAAGGGACUGUCGACCAAGGUGCUGAUGACCCACGACGUCGAGAUGCCGCAGGGGCUGCAGCGCGUCGCUCACCUUGCGCUCACGUCCCGCUUUCAGCCUUUAUGCUCCGACGGCGAGGUGGAGCAGUUCCGCCUCCUGCCCAUCGCCGAGGUCCUGCGCUCGCUGCGGGAGGAUUUGCCGGUGUGGAAGCCAAACUCUGCGCUCGUCGCGAUUGACUUUCUCGUUCGGCAUCGCCUCGUGAGCGAGUCGGAGCCAGGCGUCGCGUGCACCCCAGACGCAGUGACAAAAUAUGAUAAAACAUUUGAGAGCCACAUUGAUAAGUGCGGCUUGCAAGCUUCGCCGGCGGCAAGUGCAUUAGCCCUGCAUUGGCCCCUCCGCUCCUACCCGCCGCGGCGCUGA